ACACCACACCCCCGCCGGCACUGAGCUCCAGCCUGGACAGCCGGUGCUGCUCAGCUCCAGCCCUGCACUGCCAUAGGCUUCCCUCCUCCUCUUCCCAAGGAGCCGGAUGAUUUCAGGUUGCUCGGCGUUCUCUCCCGCGGGCAGUUGGCGUCCGCAGCGUGUGUCAGAGCAGCCCGGCGCACGGUCGGUUUCUCAACGUGCUGCCUGCAGAACGCGCUGGCUCCCCGAAGGGAUCGGCUGUGGUUUCAUAUUUCAUUUCCCUCGCACGCUACACCCGAAUUCCAGACGCUUUCUGGCUUCGCUGCUGCAUGGACUCAGAGCAUAGGUCUUUUGCCAUACCCAGCGGAGGCAGACGGGGCUUCCCUCAGCGCCAGGGAGUGGACCAUGAGGACGUCAAUUGUAUUUUUGCUUUGCAUCUCGGUUUUCCCAGGCUUUUCCCAGGGCAGAGUUGUUAGAGAGGAUGAAACUGGUUUUGCUGAGUGUAACGUCUUCUUCCCUGGACAAGUCCCACCCGAAGGAUUUACCGAGCCGUUCCAUGUGAAAAUCUGUCAGCAGUACAACAAAGAGCCACGCUUUGCAACCCUCUACAGUACUAAGGACAAAAUCCCUCUUUUUUCAGCUUUUAAGUUUACAAAGCCAGCCCAAAGCAAGGAGGAGAACUGGCUGGUUGAACCGCAGAUAGAUGAUCCAGAAAAUGACUUGCAUGAGAUGGUGCGUGAGGCCGAUAUCAUUGGCACUGUGGCCAACCUUGGUGCAAAUCAAGCCCUGACCUCAGACUAUGUGGGCUCUGGCUAUGAGAGAGGGCUACUCAAUCCCAGCUUGCUUCAUGAGGAGGAUUUCCAGAUGGCCACUUACACGCUCACGAAUGCCGUCCCUCUGAGCCCAGCUCUGAGCAAAAGCUGGCACAGAGACAUUGGGAAAGUAGUGGAGCAAGCUCUGAUCCCUCACUGCUCCAAGAAGGAUCAUCUGUAUCUCCUCACGGGUGCAAUUCCUUCCAGUGUCCGAGUUAAAGGCAAGGUGUCAGUGCCAGAGAGCCUGUGGCUGGCAGCCUGCUGUGAUGCUCCGGAGGGAUGGUCCCUGGGACUAGUGAAAAAGGUUAAUGAUGAAAACAGCCUGGCAGACCUCACGGUGGGAGAGCUGGAGAAGCAGCUUCUAGCAGAAGUUCGCUUGUUCAAGGGCAACUGUGGGAAAGACAAACAAAACCAGGAGAAAAGAGAAGCAGUGUUGCAAGCUGUCAGUCAGAUCCGCUCUGGGGAGCAAGUAGAAACAACUGACAACCAGGAGACCAAAGACAGUGGCUGGGUGAGAAAAGUGGCUGGCAUCGUUGCUACCCCUUUCAUCAAACUUCUGGAACUCCUCAUCUACAUCUUUGUGGAGCUGGUGAAAUUUGUGUUUUAUUUUCUGUGGCUUGUUGUCAAGCGAGUUUGUGGUACAGUUUUGGAUGGACUUUACAGCCUGUGGAGUGGGUUGGUGUCCUACCUAAAAGCCAUCAGCAUGGUCCUCAUAAGCAUCCCCUAUGAUUUGGGGAGGGUCAUCAUCAACAUAUUCCUGGGCUUUCUGCAAAUUGUUCAAGAUGUGGUGUCUCUCACCUACAGGAUCCUGAGCAUCCCAGUGGGGUUUGUCCUUCACCUCGCUGCUUUCCCCUACCACUCCAUCUGUGCCAUUCCGUCUGUCCUUAAAGACAUAGCCACCGGGCUUGGGGGCACCUUCUCUCUGGUCAUCGAUGCCACAGCCGCGGUUCUGCAUGGCUUUUAUUACCUGGCUGCUCACAUAGUCAAACGGUUUGUCCCUAAAGUCUCCUCUGAUGACUGAUAAGGAUGGAAACCAAGGCUGCAAAUACACGGAGUGAAGGAGCAGUGGGGCAAUGCUUUAAGAUACGUGGACAAACGCUGUCAAUUUUGUUAUGGUAUUUAUUGUAGUGACAUUAUGAACUGACUGGGGAAUAACAGGGAGGGCAGAGGCAAUGUCUCUGGGGGCCGCCACCAUUGUAACUCAAAUUCUGCCUGUUGUAAAAUGCUCGGGUUUUAUUGGUUCAGGCAACAAAGUUUCUGUGAUUUGCAGGUGUCAAGAUGCUUCCUCUGGGAAAUGCUCACUAAAUGUGGUACGAGGUUAUUUCUUUCUAUCUAUGAUGACACUGAGACUUGCACAGUGGCAGUGAGCUCUGCAGAAGCCCAUCCCUGCUAAGAAGGUGAUGGUGGUCAGAGAAAGAUUUUUGUUCCAGAGGGUUUUCUGGGACUUGAAAAAAACAGAAGGAGACAAGAGUGCAAGGACUUGGGGCUGGGAAACAGCGGGGAGCAGGGUGGAAUGAGGGCAAAGUCCUGCUGUUGCUUGCAUUGCUCAUUGCACUGGAGUCCCACUGGUGGAGGCAGUGCAACUGGGUGCAUCUCGUGGUCCUCAGGCCCUUCCAGGUAUCUAAAAUGGAGUGGAUCUUGCUGCAAGGAAAGACCCACUGCCCAUUUUUUUGCAUGUUGGGAAAGCACUUUCCCUUAGCCAUACCAAGGCCAUCUUCCCCCAAUCCUUCCUUGCUCUCUUGGUGACCACUGAAGGUCUAAUCCCUGAAGCUUCAAGAUGUGAUGUUCUCUGGAGGUCUAAGCCCUUGAAUGUCUGAGUGUGGAAGCCCUUUUGCCUGCUCCAAAGCUCAGCAGCACCCAGGAAUUGCACUUUUGGCUUCAAAUCUGUUGCCACCUGCCUUGCCUCCCUUGAGAGCUGACUGCUCCUGAGGGACACAGGGGACUACAGACUGCCAGGUGGGAGGAGAGGCAGGAGGGGGUCCUGGGGUGCAGCACUUAUUUUGCUUGUGUGAACACCCACAGAGUGAGCCCAUGCACAAGCAGACACCUUAAUAUUGGAGGCAGAAGCAAUCCUUCUCCUGCAUUGCUCAUCAUCUCUUCUCACUCUUCACGCCUUCUGCCUGCUAGCAUGAGCCAUGUCCCCUGACAUCUGGAUACUGGAGCUGGGGCACACAUGGGGGAUUUGAAGGGGACUGUAAGGGGCUUGCAGCCACAUGAGGGGUACAGGGACAUCUGAUGCUGCUGGAGGAGGGCACAGGGGUGCUACCCCUUCCCCAGGGCUUUGGAUCUCUUGGAGCAGUUGCCUGCAGGAGGGAGGCUCUAGGUCUUAGUAGCAUUUACUUUUGCUGGACUCCAAGAGGCAUUUGGGAGUCCUACAUACAUGGAUCUUUCCCUUCACCCCCAUCUCUGUCCCUCCCUUCAACACCAGGUUGGUGUGGACCUCUGAUGUGCCGUAGCAUCCCAUAAUGAGUCCCAGGAGUGAGCAAGCUGAUGCUGCCAUCUCAUGGGGGACCCAGUAGUGCUCUGUUGGUAGUGGCCAGUCCUGGGUUGAAGAAAACCCAGUUACUAACACGGCAGCUUUGCCUUUCUGUGUCGUACUGCCUGCAGCAAGGCUGAGCUGGGGGUGGAUGGAUUAAAAGGGAAAAGGAGAAUUGCCUGGUUCAUGAUGGGACAGAGAGUUGGGGCUCUGGGGUUGUGUCCAAGGCAAGCAGAUGUGUAUGCACUCCCAGAUCAUCACACCCUGAUCAGGUGACACUCUGUUCAGCAGUGAUGCAAACGGCAAAGUUGGGGAUGCCAACAAUGGGGAUGAAGUGGGAAGGCUGUUGGGUGAGUUGUAAAAAAGGAUGACUCCUUGCCUCACCCUUCAUGGGACACAGCCGGUUUAUGGAGAAAGAGAAGCCAUCUGCAAGCAGUGCUGGCUUUGUUCAAGAGGAAAGGUGGCUUUUGUAUGCCAAUAUGGCUAUAAUGGGUAAAGUCAGCAGUGUUUUACUUCAGGGAUUUUGGGUGCAAAGUACAAGGUCCAAGUCACUGCUCCCAGCAGGCCAGCAGCAGUCUGCUGAUGCUCUCCAAACUAAACUUUGCAUCUCUGUCCACUUAAAUAUGCCUUCUCUGCUGUCGAGACAGGUGCGGAGCUGGUUUCCCACUCCUUCACGAGACCCUGUCUUAACCCCAGCACUCUUCUUGGGCUGCAUGGCAACUGUCAAGGCAGGAAAACAUCCAACUCAGGUCCCAGGAGAUGUAAGAGUGGGGUGACAGGAUCCAGAAUCCCCAGCAGCCUCUGAAGGCACCUGUCGUAGCAGUAGUUCUCAAAUGCAGCCCGAGCACUGAGGAGGAGGAGCUACCCCCCACAGCUGCCUCUCUUGUGCCUUUUGUGUGGCCUUGUCUCUGACCCAUCUUAGCUGUGCAAUGUUGCGCAGCGGCCGGUGAUGCACUUCUUGGGGGUUCUUCACUCAGAGCAGCCUCCCCACACCUUAACCCAGCAACCCCUGCACCCCAGCUCCACCAGCAUCUCCAGUGCAGCGCCCAGUCACAGUGAUAUGGGAGCUCAUGUGCUGAGAGACAGCAAAGCUGUCAAGUGGUCUGGAUUGUCACACCCCCAUCACAGUUGCUCCCCAGCCUAGCUCGAGUAAGGCAACCAGGUCUCUGCUGCAUCUGUGACUUCUGACUGCAAGUGGACAGUCCUUGAAAUCUAAGGCACUGCAGCUCUGUAGGAUUUGGGCAGAUGUGUAACAGUGUUAUUAAAAUUGUCUUAACAUGCUCAGAUUUCAAACACUAAGAACCGUAACCAUCAUGGGGCAUUUUUCUUCCUGGAUGCAUGUCUGGGCAGGUGAUGGGAAAUCUGCCUCAAAUGCUGAGCAGUUAUCACAGAACAAGCAACAUCCUGCUACAAAAUGCUGUUUGAGAUUAUUCUUAUCUAGGCAUGAUUUAUGGUUCCUGAGCUUUACUCUAUCCUUGGAAACAUAUGGCUUCAACAAAAUAAAAUGGCUUUUCCAAAGA